UAUGACUUAUCAUGCCAUGGUUCUGCCGUAACGUAAUCUGUUGGGAUCGGCUUUUCUUGCGUCUGAACUUUCACCCGUUCGCCUUGCACCAUCCAGCCACCUCGGUCUCUCCUACUUUGCAGUCGUCUUCACGGAAGUAGAUCGCCAGAUCUGUCAGCGUGUCUCCUCCACCAUGGCUGAGCUUGCAUCACAGGAGAGCAAGUGGGUACCGCAGACACCCGAAGGGCAGGAAGUAUCGACCGCCUCAUUCCAGCUGUACAUCGCCCUGCAGGAAGUCUAUGCAUACGUCAGUCAACUGGAGAACCACGACGGUCUUGCCGAGUCUAAGCUGAAGGACUUCCACUCCUGGUUUGUUCCGUUUGUGCAUGUGUGGCUGAGCGUUGCUGAAAUCAAGGCCAUGGAUAUGGUGGGCAAAGCGGUGGACCUUGAUCGGGCUGUCCGAGCGGCUAAUAAUCUUGAAUAUGGCACAAUGGCAGUGGACGUAGAGAGCAUAAUCAAACAGCUGUGUCAGCACUACCAGAGACUCGACUGGCCAGACGAGGAGGAGCGAUUCUCCUACAUGUCACGCACGUACGAGCAUUGCUUGACCGUCCUGGCCGCGUUUGAGAAGUACGUGGAGGACAAGCUGAGAGACAAGGGCUACUAUGAUACGGUUGGGCAGUUCGACAUCUCCGUUGAGCUGACCAUCACACUCAAUGGCCUUGAUCACAGCACCAAGAUUCUCGAGGGCAUUCCCGUCGACCUGGGCUGGCAGGAGUUGGCGGAGCGAGUGCGCAGCACCAAAGGUAAUGCAGUUGAUGACAUCGAGCGUAACAUGCUGGAUCUAUACAGAGAGAGCAGGGAGAAGACGAGAAGACGGAUCAUCGAUCAAAUCGGCGUCCGGAUGAGCCCUGAUAUUCAACGCAAGACGGAGAUAUUCCUGAAAAAACUAACGGAUGGCUGUCCAGUGGAUGAGUCUCUUGAUCCGCUAAUGGUCUACCUUGCCGAGAAUCUCAAGAUGCUCAUGAAGGAACUCAUCUCAAGCACAUUCAUGGAGAUAAUGCAGGAGAUCUACCGCUGUGCUAUGUCUGUCUUCCACCAAGUUGUGCAACGCAGUAACGAGGGCCGUGUAAAGGCGCCCAAUAGUAGCUUCUACAAGUCCAUCCAGACAGCACUGGAGGUCCUCGUUGAUUUCUUUGAGAGUGGAGACGAGGGAUUGAACCGUGACCAACUCAACAUUCCGGAAUAUCUGAAUGCCGCUAGCUACCUGGAGUUGUACUGUGCCGAUGGCGCAGGCCUAGCUCGACACUACUACAUUGAUAUUCUGCAAAUCCAGAAAACGGCAUCAAAAUCAUUCGGCAGCGUGUCCGUGGCGCUAGCGUUUGAAGAAAGAAGCGAAACGCUGCACGUUGAAGUGCUUCAUGCCAUGGAUCUGCCCAUUAUGGACUUGAAUGGUUCGUCAGAUCCCUUCUUCACCCUGGAGGUACGUCCCGUCCAGCCAUCCAGCAAGCCCGUCCAGAAGAAAACCACCGUUAAGGACAAGACGACAACGCCACUCUACGACGAGAAGUUCUUCUUCCCCUUGACCAAGAAGGACCAGUCGCUCGCCGGCACGGUGCUGAUGCUGACCUGCUACGACUGGGACCGGUUCACGCGCAAUGACAUCAUCGGUGAGUCGUUCGUCGCCGUCAGCGACAUUCCCAUCAUCGCCUCGCCCGACCUGUUCAAGACCCAGUACAGCAAAGUCAGUGUGCCUCUGUUGAGACCCGGCACAGCUACCGGCACGGCGUACAGGAUCAUGGAGGGACGCACGUCAUUCGACGCCGACGCCGCCGCAUUCAUCGCCGACCGCACCAAGCUCUUCGAUCUGAUGAAGGCGGAUCAGAAGCUGGGCACCAGCGAUUAGAGUGUGUACAUGUGUGUGUGUGUGCGUGUGUGUGCGUGUGUGCACAUAGGCGUACAUGUAUGUGUGUGUGUGUGUGUGUGUGUGUGUGUGUAAGGUACGAGCGUGUAUGCGAGAGAGUGAGUGUGUGGGUACAUGUGUAGACGCGCGGGCGAGUGUGUGCGAGAAAGUAUGUACAUAUCCAUUUUUUUCCUUAGUCUUUUCAGUUUUUUCCUAUCUUGUUGCUGUAAAUAGCCAUGUUUCCAUGGCUCUAGGUAACGUUUCUCAGUAAAUGUUCACCCUGUACAUUGGACACUACCCCCUCCUCCCCCAUUCGUCUGCAUGUUUAGCUCUUUGUUCAAAUCCCUAUCUCUGGAUACGGGUGUGUGCCUGUUAUCGUGAGCUCGCUGUCUCUGCAUAUGCAGUGCUACUGCUUCUCUGCGUAUGCAGUGCUACUGCUUCUCUUCGUAUGCAGUGCUACUGCUUCUCUGCGUAUGCAGUGCUACUGCUUCUCUUCGUAUGCAGUGCACUACUGCUUCUCUUCGUAUGCAGUGUACAUGCCCUUGCCAGAGGAGUACAUGUAAACAGUACCAGGAUUUUCCGCCCCUAGGCCCUCCUCCCCACCCCUAGGAUUCUAUCUCUUUGUAUAUUAAACUGACCAUUCUGUUGCCUACCAAGUUGUGUUUUGUCACCUAUUUAAAUCUCAAAUCGCUGGUUUAUUUUCGCUGGCGUCUUUUGCAGCUCCGCAUGUAUUUUUCCGUAUGAGAGAUUUCCAUCUCGUCUGAACACUUCAUCUUGCCAUGUGUAAGUCCUUAUCUUGCCAUGUGUAAGUCCUUAUCUUACCAUGUGCAAGUCCUUAUCCGACGGCUUUUCCCCUAGGUCUGUACCGCCGGUACCAUGGUUACCUGUUGAUGCCGCACUCUCCUCUUAUCUGCUGAGCUGAGCGCUUCUGCCUCCCGUUCUGCAUGCAUGGUGCACGUCAACAUUAUAGUGCCUGUUCCUUUCUGCUGCUUGUAAAUACUAGUACACUGUAGAUCG